AUGGCACACGGCGGACCGUCGGCGCUCACUCCAGGUCAACUGCCAUCGAAGAAGCGUAAAGACGUGCCGUCUUUACCAUCCAACGGACCCAACAAGCGACCUAAGAACAGCCAUCGACCGGACCAUCGCGCCAAGCAACGCGAUGCACGCACUUUGGCAACCCAAACGACAGGUAAAGCCUUCAAGAAUGGCGAGCUGGACCUGGACAAGUUCGUGCGGGCGCGGGAGUACGAGAUUCGAGCGCUGGAGGAAGGGUUGACGCGUAGCAAGAAGGCCCUCAAUCGAAGGGCGUUCCAACAGGUACCGAAGGACUUAAGAAGGCGUACGGCUAGCCACAAUGUCAAAAAGGUGCCUAAAAGGCUGCGUGAGAGGGCGAAGAAGGAGAUGGCUGAAGACAACACUCCUACUGUAACGGCAAAUAAACGAAAGCCGACAAGGCAUAUGCGCUUGCGGCUGGAGACUGCGAAAAGGCUGCGAGCUUUGGGUGCCAAGAAAAAGGCCGAGAAAGAAAAGGCCAAAGCAGAGAGCGUCACGGUUAUUGAUCCUAAUGCGCCGCCAGCGGAUAAGAAGAAGCCAGACGAUGCAAAGCCAGCACAGUCAUCGACAGCAGUCAAAUCUCGGCCGCCCAAGGUCAAGAAAGCAGCUCUAGCUUCACCGCCAGUACCCAAAGCCAAGUUCCGCAAGCGCCAGAUCUACAAGUCGUGGCUGCCAACUCACCUCUUCCACGCCAAACGAGCACAUAUGACCCCACCAUCUACGCCGAUGUGGCGUUUCUGUAUACCACUGUCGCCGACAGCCAAGAGUUACCGCCCAACUCAUCGAGCGAGCCAUGAACGCGGCGCUGUAGCUUGGGAUAUGAGCUACAUGUCGACCAUCGGCUUGCAGGGUCGACUUGACAGCAUCCUUGGUUUGUUGAAGGCACUUGGUGUUGCGUCGGAGGCGCUCAAUGGUAGGCAGGGCGAGAAGUGGAGAGCUGGCGCAAGAGUGCUUGAAACGUUCGUGUACAUGCGAGUGCAGCCACAUGAGUUGAUUGCGCCUGUCACUCUAGUAUGGUGUGUGCCGUCUGCCGACUCCGUCUCCAAGAGUGUCGAAGAAGAAAAGCAGAAGCGAAAGUUGCUCGUGCGUGUACAUCCUUCUGCCUUCUACCAGCUUUGGGAGGAAGUGUUGCGCUUGGGCAAGGUGUCAAAGCCACAAGUCAGCGUCGAGGACCUGCGGUUUGACAUUGGCAGUAUCGAUAUCACUGGACCUGGGGCUACGGAGGCGUUGCUGGGUGCACUGUGGCCGUCGCCGGAACCGCCGGAACCUGCAAGCGGCCAAGCUCAGCCUGACGGAGGUGAAGCAAUGCAGAUCGAUAGCGAGCCGAACACGCCAACGGUCGGACAGACAUGGACUGCGCUUGCAGGUUUGAAUAACCCGGCCAUGUUGCCGCGGAGCGCGCUGCUUAGCCUCGACGUGCAGGACCCGAGGCUGCAUCAUCCACCACGUACCAUCAACUUACCCAAGACCGACGCUGAACAGCACAAGCUUCUGGAGCUGAUCGCAAGCUGGCCUGUCGAGGUCGCUCUGAGGCCAUCACAAGUCUUUGACCGCAAAGCUAGGCUGAUCGCGAGCGCGGCCUUACCAAGUCAGAAAGCGAUCAAUCGCCGCAAGUCGCUCGCGUUACCAGGACAGUAUCCAGAAGCGCUGGCGAAAGACCCACGCAUACCGGUCCUACUGUACACCUCCACCGCAUCUGCACACGCUGGUAGGUCACGCGAUACAUCGCCGGCAUCCUCCACCUGGACCCUCCUUGCACCAUGGAAGUGCAUCCAGCCCAUCUGGUACAGCAUCAUGUACUACCCGCUCUCGACUGGCCAGCAGCCGCGCUUCGGUGGGUUGAGUCAGAGAAGGCAGCUCGCUUUCGAGGCUGGAGUGCCCAUGUUCCCCGUGGACUUUCCCGGCACGAAGGCGGGCUGGGAGUGGGAGAUGCAGGAGCGGAGGCGGAGGGAGGAGGAGUGGAGACGGAAGCCAAAGGGAAAGAGAGUGAGUUGGGAAAAGGUUGAGCUUGGUGGUGGGAAGAAGGGUGAGAUGGGUGUAGGAUGGGCUUGUGAUUGGGAGAGGCUGCUUGCUGGUUCCCCUGCGCCAGAGGCUGCGGUUGAGAAGGGUCAGGAUGCAGCUGAAAAUGCCGAGCAGGCGAACGCUGCACAGGGCAGUAAGAAAGACAACGGCGAGGAUACGGCAGCGAAACAGCUCAAGUCAGCACCGCUAAGGCCGACUGAGCUCACACAGCUACCCGCAGCGCAAGCUCGCGCCCUUCUCGAAGCCUCCGAUACAGCACUUCCGCCACCGCGUAACUUGGUCACUACAUUAACAACGGUCCGCCUCGCUCUUCUAACGCGCGGCGUUUCACAAGCCUGCGCCCGCAUCUACCGUCUCCCUUCCGCCAUUUCCAACGUCAAGCUGCGCAAGCAAUGGCUCGCCCUUCUCCCAACCUACAAACCUCGCAAGCAACUCACGCAGGGACCAAAGCAGAGCCUUCCUCGCUUACCAAAAGAUGCGCCACCGCACGUUGUCCAAGAACGACUGGCGCAGAGCCUCCUCGAACUGCCAAAAGCGGGAGAGGACGAGUAUCCGGCCUGCCCAGUCGAGGAGGACUUGAUAGGGUUUGUUACGACUGGCAACUUUAAUUUGGAACAGGGACAGGGGACGGGCAUUGGGAAUGUGUUGAUAGAGAGAGUGAUGGAGGAGGCGAGGAGGGAUUGGGAAGGUGAGGGGAGGGUGGUGGUUGUGAGGAAUGCUGGGGAUCGGGUGGGCAGGCUUGCCAGGUGGACUGUUGUAUGAGACGUUAACGUUAAUGCCCACUCUAUAAUGCGUUCAUCAGAACACCGUGCCAAACCGCUGCGGUUUGGAAUGCAUUUGGCAGGC